AUGUCAACCCAAAAUACUAGAAAACAAACGAUACCCAUUAUCGAUCUAGAUAAAAUCUCACAAGAAGAUGAACUCUUACCAGUGGUACGAUCUAUAUUAUUGUACACUGACACUUUCUUAUUGAAGAAUUAUGCUAAUAAAUCCUCGUUAGAUUCAUUAAUCUCACAUCUAAAUGACAGUAAUAACGCCCCUGAUACCAAGCAACAAUUCGAUGCUAAUUUCACAGGAACUUUAUCCAUUAAUAAUGAUAUAUCAAUGGAACAAUACAUUUACAAUUCUGAACCUGAUUUGCAAUUUAACAGAACUGUUAACAACCCUUAUUUACAAAAAUUAUCUUCAAGAUUAUUUAAAGUCAGUCUAUUUUUCUCCCAAUUAUGUUUGAAAAGUAUAGUACAAAAUACAACUUUACAAAAUACUCUUUCAGAAACCAACUUCGCAACAAAAUUGACUAGGUAUCAUCACGAAAGAGGUAACUUAGAAAAAGUCUCAGUAAAUGGCGAAGAUUUCCAAUAUUUGUUCAAUCAUGAUUUUAUUAAUCAUACUUCAGCAGGUAUAUUAACUGUUUUCCCCAUUGCAAAGGGUAUUAAAUAUAAGCCCCCAACUGCAAGUAUAGAUGAUAAUCAGUGGACUUCCAUUGAUGAACCCGAUUGUUUAUUAUUUCAUACAGGAACUCUUUUAAGUACAUUGUCCAAUGGACUUCACUCCACAUCUCCAAUUCAAAUAGAUCCGUCAACAAAUCCAAUCCAUUUGACUAUAUUUCCUCCACUUAGUACACCAUUAAACGGAAACAAGAAAGUCUCAGCUGAGCUAUUAAGUCAACAAAUAAAAGAAUUUCCACAAGUCGCAGAAAAGUUUUACAAUAAACAAUCUCACCAACUAAUAUUACAACAAAAAUUAAAUCUCUAUAAACGUUUAUUCACCACAUCUGAGACUAUCCUAUCAUUAAAUUCAAUGUCUAGAGUAAGUAACAUUGCUCCUGAAUUACAUUCUUUAUUACCACAAAUGUCAAAUAUGAUGAACUUUAAAAUUGUCCAAGAUGAUUUCUUGAAAUUAUUGACUAUUUGGCCCCAAGCAUACAUCAUUGAGGCAAAUUCAAAAUGCGAAUUGGCUAUAAAAUUACCUCAAAUAGAUCCAUUAAUGGCUUUAUCCAAUAAAUCAAGAAAAUUACAAUUCGCAGAAAUGUGUGACUUAUGGUAUCUAAAUCAUUACGAUCUGGAUGUUGUCCCUAAGGAUGUACCGCCUCUUAAAGUAAAUAAAAGACGUGGAAGUAUUGACAAUGACAACAUGGACGUAUCGUCACCAUCAUAUCAAACGAAAAGAAUUCAAAGUCCUACAAAGCAGAAAAAUUACAUCCAUAAUAAGAAGGAACAAUUCAUCUAUAAAGAGAAACAACAUGAUUCUCAAUCCAAUUUAUUAGAUAGAUUAAGAGAACGUGAAAGAAGAUCCGCUGCAUUAUUAUCUGAAAGACAAAGAAAAUAUCAAGAAUUUUUAUCCGUUAAGAUGUCACAAGUUUUCAAAAUUUUAAUCUCAUUAAAUUGGAAUGAACCAUACACGGUAACUCAUUUGACUGAAUUGAUUGCGGAUAGUUUACAAAAUAGUAAUAAUCCCAUUGGUGAAUAUGAAGCAGAGGAAAUUAUUGAUAAAUUACAAUCUUUAUUAAGUGAUCAAAUUUCUUGCAUUGUUGUGGAAGGUGGAUUAAAAGUUUAUAAAUGGGAUCAAUUGAAAUCUGACAAAUUUGAAAGUGCUUUGAAUGAAUUUAAAGAGAAGGCACAUGAAACUAAUAUUCAUAUGGAUGUAUAA